UGAAAUAGAACCCCGUGGGUUCACUGGACUUGAAGCAUCCCUUGAAUAUCUAGAGCUGAGUAAAAAUCGUUUACAAAUACUACACGUAGCAGUUUUGGCGCCUUUACGAUCAUUAAAAGGUUUAGAGCUUGCAAACAAUCCAUGGGAAUGUAGCUGUGCUUUGAGACCAAUGCGUGACUGGAUGAUUAGAAGAAACGUGCCUGCUACUGUUGUUCCAGAAUGUGCUUUGCCACCCCGAUUAAUGGCUCAAUCGUGGGAUCGCCUUGAUUUAGAAGAUUUUGCUUGCAGACCUGAAGUUAGUGCAGCUCCAAAUCAGUUCAAAGGAAUGGAAGGGGACGAAGUUACAUUAGUAUGUCGAGUGUCUGGUGUGCCUGCUCCGAGAGUGCGAUGGUUACGUGCGGGCCGUUUACUCGCGAAUACUACAUCCACUAAUGUCAAUUCUGGAAGAGCUUUUAUGUUACGCAGUGAAGGACAUACUAGUAAUUUAACUAUUAAGUCAGCUGAUAUACAAGAUGCUGGGUCUUACGUAUGUAACGCUGAAAAUCGUGCCGGAAAGGCUGAAGUUAUAUUAAGCUUAGCGAUAGAAAAGAAACCCCCUAAUAAAAGUUUUGGUGGUCGGGCGUUGAUGGCUGGAAUGGCGGUAUCCGCUGUCAUAGUGUUAAGCUCGUGUCUAAUAGGUUUGUGUGCAUAUGAGACGCGUAAGAAAAGACAAUUAGAUAGGUGGAAUGAACAGAUUGUGACUACAAGUCAUCGUGACGAUAGUUAUGAAAAAAUAGAAGCUAAUAUUAAAAAUACUGUAGAAGGACCGCGAGUGAUAUCUUCGGACAAUGGUCGUAAAAGAGGUGAUUAUAGAAAUGUGCCUUUACAUGAUCCGGAAGAUGAUUACGAAGGUUACUUGAAGGGCGAAGUUCGAGAAGAUAGAGACUCUUCUUUAACUCCACCUAUAGAUUCUGUUUGGCGACGAACUGAUUACGAUUCCAGAGUAUCUAGAAAUAAUAUAACCGAAAGAGACUUGCAUAUACCAAGAUUAAGCGAUUAUAAUUUAAGAUCGGAUCCAACGUCUGAAUCAGUGCAGAGUUCUAACUCUACAGGGGUAUUAAACCCUCACGUAGAGAUACUAUCAGAAAGCAAUCGGUACAACAAUAAUCCCCGAUCGUGCCCCAGGCCUCGCAUUCGCGACCGUCUCGACAAUGAUCUCUCUGGAAGUGACAGUGAAAAGAACUAUCCCGAUCUAAUAGAAAUGAGCGCUCUAGGUACAUCGUCAUAUUUAAGAAGCGAAGCCAAGCAUGACCCAUAUUACUUUUAUACGAUACCACGGAGAAAAGACGGCGAUAGCCGUAGCCCACUGCUUAGUAGUAGGCGUAAUAGUUCAGGGGGAGAUUCUAUAACUUAUUAUGAUAAGCCGUAUGAAAAAAAUAGACAACGUUCUUCAGGACGAAGAUCAAAUAGUUUUCUCGAUUUGUCUACUGGCGGCAAUCGAAUACGAAGAAAUCCAAGUUUGCCCGCUUCACCUACAAGAGAACAACCGACAGUACCGUCCGCCACACCUCUGCUGGAUCUCUCAGGGCUCAGAGAUUAUACUCAGCGAGGGCAGCCUUUAGAGGACUUUGACUUCCGUGCAUCGCAACUGGAAAAGUUUCUUGAGGAAUAUAGAAAUCUGAGAGAACAACUUUCAAGAAUGAAGGAAACUAGAGAAAAUUUACAAAGAACGAGAGCAGUUGAAAACGAUGAGAUAAGAACCGUUAUGAAAGGAAAGCCUAGUGUUGCGGUAACUGAAACAUCUUCAUCUGUAGCAUUAGCGGACGCUGCGUCCCCAUUAGCACUCAGUCCUCCUGAGUAUAAGCCUCAGCAACCCCAACCUGAAUGGCUCACUACUUUAUUAUAUCGUAAUUAAGCAUUUCAGUAAAUGUAUUUGUGGAACGUUGAUUCACAUAUUGAUUUCCAUUUGCGGAUACAAAUCCGUAGAUUUGAUAAUUCGUAGGAGAUAUAACGAUUGUAAAUAGUAGGAAAGCCAAUGGCGGUAAGAAUUUAAAUUGUUUGUAAGCGGAAUAUAAAAAAAAUCAUUCUUCUGAAGUUGAAAUAAAGUCGAUCCAAAAAAAAAUUUUGUAUUAUUUAUUGGUAAAACAAUGAGAUGCUGUCCUUUAUGAUCAUAAAAGAUUUUAGUACACUGAUAAAAUUUCUAGACUUACUAUCCACGAAAAAUAACUUUGACUGAAAACAGAGUUAUGCAGCUGACCGUUACCACGAAUAUUAUAC